AGCCUUGGCUUAGUGACAUCACCGAGCAACAGAAACCCGACGGUGGGAAUCAAUUGAAUCAUCUCACCCUAAAUAAGGGAGACGCUCAAAAAACUUCACUUGUCAGGGGAGCAAACGAACUGCACUAAAUGUCAGGAAACUCCCCGAAAUUUGCUUUUACCAUUGGCUUCUGCUUCAAAUAUCCAGUGAGAUCACUUUUAGCCUAGAUCGGUCCUGCCCGUUUUGUACUCCUUCCCCCUUUUUUCUAUAGGCAAACUCACAUCUACAAAGUCGAUUACAGCAAAGUCCACAGCUGCUGAAAAUAUGUGCAGGAGGUGGUCUCUGCCGUGGAGGCUCUUUUCUGCUUUCCGCGGGACAGCUGUGGAGAAUAACAUGAACUGAUGUGGGAAUUUACUGGACAACAAAGCGACAGCGACGGCCGGACGCACUGCUUCCUCGUGCUGCUCGGAGGUUCGGCCGGACUGAUCCCGGAGGUUGGCCGUAGGAAAUUCAGCGAGUCCAGCAGGCAAAGCCCGCAGCAAUCAGAAAGUAUCCUCAACGAUUUCGAGCUUCGUCUCCUCAACAUGUUUGGACUAAAGCGGAGACCAACACCAAGCAAGCUGGCCGUAGUGCCCCAAUACAUGGUGGACCUCUACCACCUGUAUUCCGGGAAUCGGGAACAGAACCUCAGCCGGCCGAGGAGUGCUUUGGGGAAGCAUUUAGAGAGGUCCGCCAGCAAUGCAAAUACUAUUAGAAGUUUUCACCAUGAAGAAUCCUUGGAGUUGCUCUCCAGCCUCAGCGGAAAGACCACACAGCAGUUCUUCUUCAAUAUCACCUCCAUUCCUGACUCUGAGCUCGUCACGUCAGCGGAGCUGAGGAUUUUCCGGGACCAGGUGAUGGAGUCCAUCAACAAUGGGAGCAGUGGUUACCACCGCAUCAACAUAUAUGAAGUCCUGAAGCCUGCACUUUCUUCCGAAGAACCAAUCAUAAGACUUCUGGAUACCAGGCUGGUGCAGCACAGCCUGAGCAAAUGGGAGAGCUUCGACGUGAGCCUCGCUGUCACACGGUGGACCAUGGAGGGCCACUCCAACCUGGGAUUUGUGGUGGAGGUGGUCCACCUAGACAGCCAGAGCCAGGAGGCGAAGAGGCAUGUCAGGGUGAGCAGGUCUCUGCACGCCGACGAGGACUCCUGGCCUCAGAUGAGGCCACUCUUGGUGACGUUCAGCCAUGACGGGAAUGGCAACGUCCUUCACACGCGAGAGAAGCGGCAGGCCAAGGGCAAACAGAGGAAGAAGCACAAAACCAGCUGCAGGAGGUAUUCUCUAUACGUGGACUUCAGCGACGUGGGCUGGAAUGACUGGAUAGUGGCUCCGCCGGGCUACCACGCCUUUUACUGUCACGGAGAGUGCCCGUUCCCAUUGGCCGAUCACCUGAACUCCACCAAUCACGCCAUAGUUCAGACUUUGGUUAACUCGGUGAAUACGAACAUUCCCCGGGCCUGCUGUGUCCCCACAGAGCUGAGCCCCAUCUCCCUGCUCUACCUAGAUGAAUAUGAAAAAAUUAUCUUGAAAAACUACCAGGAUAUGGUCGUUGAAGGCUGCGGUUGCCGGUGAAAUGAGAACAAUAUUAUUGACACUUUAUUUCCCCAAUGAAGAUUCCUAUUUAUACAUAUAUAGAAAAUGAAAUUUAAACUGCUAUUUUGAAAAAAAAAAAAAGAAAUAUGAAUAUAUUUAUGUCUACAAAAGUUGGGAAAAUAAAUAUCUUAAUCAGAGGAUUAUUCCUUUAAUGGUUUUGAAAAGCAUUUCUGAUGUACAUUUUCAAAAGGGUGCAAUACCAGUCAUGAAGUAUAAUGCUCAGAUUUUUAUUGUGUAUUUAUUUCUAUUAUAACCACUUUUAUGUAAAUACGUAAUAUGUGUAUUUAUGUAUAAUCACGAUAAAAUAUAGGAUUGGAACACAAUGUCCAAGGAAGCAUAGAAGACUGAGGUCUGUCCAUUUAUUUUAUAGAAUUGGAAAAUAUAUAGACUGAGUUCUCUUUGUUAAACACCUUUUUAGGCUCUGGUCAAAACAGAGGCAGGGCCUGCAUGUAUCGUAGGGGAAGGAAAUACAGAAAACAUGUUUGCAAAUGACAUUAACAUAGAUAAACAUCCAAGCAUCAUUGCUCCAGAUCGAAAGGUUACGUUCCCUGUUCGCCUUCAAGCUGAGUGAAAUACAUUUCUAACAUAUGCAAGUUAUCUGAUUUACAUAAAUAUAACUGUGCUAAAUCGGGGGGAAGGGGGGGGGGAGCACGUUACAGUGGCAUGAAUGGGGCAUGUUAAGCAGUGCGGCUCGAAUCCCAUGCGGCACUGCGUUGGCGCCCCCUCAGAAUAUGGCACCCCCGGUGGGCUGACCGGCAUUGGUAUUAUAAGCGGGUUGUUCUUGUGGUGAAGAUGGAGACAGGAUGGACAGAUUAGCCAUAAGUAACAUGAAUGUUCUAACCUAGAGGUUCUGUGACAGGUAGACAACACUGAAUGCUCAGGUUCUAGUCUGUAACUCCGCUGGCGUGCAGCACCUUCUCAGAAAGUGCUCAGUCUAACCCGAGAGGAGCACAAUGCGUUGGUGAGCACUGGCCGGGCACGGUGACCCCCCGCUCUGGUGGGAUGCUGCACGCUGCUAAAUGGAGAAGCUUAGCUUUUUGCAGACCUCCUCCCCCCCGAGUGAUUUUCUAUGGGUUAUUUAGACAACUAAGUGCAAUUCCUUUCCAGUGCUGCUAACACAAUCGGGAACCUCGUAAAGAAGUACAUGGUUUUGCAGAGAUCACAUUCUGAGAAAUCGCUUUUCUUUGGCAGCUAAAAUGCACAUGUGACUGUGUUGUGGUGAGUCGUUGGACACCUUUCUCUGAUGUUCAUUUUUGCCUAGUAGCUUCAGAGGAAAUAAACACAAAUAAACUUAAUGCAGGAGCCUGGUUAUAGGAAGUCUGAUCACUUCACUGUCCUAUUUGUGGAUGACUGUGCUUCAUUUGUUCCUCGUAUUGAACACAAGUCACAUGUCGACACCACAAGUAAAGGGAAUAUGGAUGUCAUGUGUAAUAUAUUAUAUCUCUGACCCCUAAAUAUAGGGUCAUGUGCCGAACACAAAAUCACCCCCAAUGGUGGAAAGAUUUUCAGAUAUAAAACCUGUCAGCCCUCUUCUGACAAACCACUCAGACACGAGGUGAUUUAGGGUGACAGCUGGUUCAAGUUAAAAAUUAAUUAUGGUUAUAAGAAACUCUUGGAUUAUUUUGACUUUCUGAGUUCUAAGUGAAUCCUUUGAAAAAUCAAAUAUCAGUGCACUUGGGAGCUAAAUCCCUAAAUGAAGGUGGCUGUGAAAAGCAGACAGUAUCAAAUAGUGAGUUUGAAUCAGGACGACUCAAAUAUAUGAAUUCCUACAAAUGCAAAGCACGCUGCAAAGACAGGAAUAAGCCGGAAAGGAUUCGAAGAAGAGACCUUCUCUAAAUGUACGUAUUUUGAUGUGCGUUCGCGUUUGAAGCAUGGAAUGUUGAUUGCUACAUAGAUGCAUGAACAUGCUUGCAGAAAAACAGCCUUCCGUAGAAGUUCCUCAUCUGCCAGGCCGAAUCUUUCUGAUGUUUUCCAGCGACUGCCGCGUGGUAACGAUAACAAACGAGAGGAGUUGUUCGUAGGAUGGCAAGUGGGGUUUUGGGGUUAGCCCUCGCGACUGAAAGAUGCUGUUGUUCUAGCAAAAUGCAUAAUAUACAUGUGAACCGUGCAGUCUUGGCAGGUUGUUUGCCAAUCGAAUGCUAGAGACUCAUGGGCAAAUUCCUCUUUUUGGCUUUUUAUGGUAUGUUGGGUUGACAGGCGCAUAAAAAAAGACGCACAGCCACAAUUUUAAGAUGGCAUGAAAAACGAAUGAACAGAUCAGCUAAUAUAUAUAUAAAUUAUGAGGUUUAUGUCCCAUUAAGAACUGCUGUGGUCUUACAUACAUACUUGGCAUGCACUGUGUAAUUGUACGUACUCCACUGCAAAAAAAAUGCUGCAUUAAACUGACACACUUCAGCUCAGUAAAACUACAGAAUUUGCUCAUUAUCUUGCCUGAAUUCAUAAGAAACAUCUGCAGCAGCUGGGAUACUUAAAACCUGGCUGACUCUUACACAUGCAGAACCUUUACAGGAAAAACGAGGACAAAUCUCGUACACGUGUGGGGAUUAUUUUUUUAUUUUUUUUGUUGUUUGUUCUGCAUGCAAACCCCAAUGGGAUGAAUUUUUUAUUUUUUUUUUUACCCGAACUAUGGAUUCGUACAGUGUCACAUUGUGAAUGCAAGUGUGUGAUACAGUCAUUAGCAACAGCUGUGAAGAAAAGCAUCAGCUGCACACUAAAUCGUUGUAAGUCCAUCCAUCACCUUGUCAUUAAAAUCAGUCUACUGCUCCA